CCCGUGAGGGUAAACGUGGGAGGUAAAGAGACCUUCCGCUGCGUAAAGCUGGCUCGACCCGGAAACAAAAUCAUUUAAAAAACGAUUCACACUCUGGAAGGGCGGGGGAAUUGAUGAGUUGGGACGACCGGACAGCUUCUCAGGUUGCUAAGCGACGAUGCGGGAGCUCGCGCACACCCCGGACUCUUUGUAACACCUGAGGGAACUGUGGUGGCGGCGGCGGCCUGGAGACCCAAGAGACCAAGUGAGCUUGUCCCUCCCUCUCGGGUCCAAGGACCUAGUACAGGAACCUUCUGCCCGGGUAGUGUCUGGUGAUGAGGCGAGAGUUUUGCCGGGACGCCUACUCCGAAGCGGCCAGGAGUCGCGCUUCUUCCCCAUCCCGAGGCAGGACAGAGAUUCCUUCUGCCAUCAGAUGUCUUUCUGCUUGACUGAACUGCACCUGUGGUCUUUGAAGAAUACCUUACACAUUGCGGAUAGAAACAUUGGGAUUUACCAGUAUUAUGAUAAGAAAGAUCCACCAGCGACAGAGCAUGGUAACUUAGAAGAAAAGCAGAAGCUGGCAGAGUCACGAGAUUAUCCUUGGACGCUCAAAAACAGACGCCCAGAAAAACUCCGAGACUCACUCAAAGAGUUGGAGGAGCUGAUGCAAAACAGUCAGUGUGUGCUGAGCAAAUGGAAGAACAAAUAUGUCUGUCAGCUCCUCUUUGGUUCAGGUGUGCUGGUGUCGCUAAGCCUUUCUGGGCCGCAGCUGGAGAAAGUGGUGAUUGACAGAAGCCUGGUGGGGAAGCUCAUCUCAGACACCAUCAGUGAUGCUCUUCUCACAGACAGUUUUAUCAUCUUAUCAUUUUUGGCACAAAACAAGCUAUGUUUUAUUCAGUUUACCAAGAAGAUGGAUUCUUCUGAUGUAAACAAAAGACUGGAAAAACUCUCAGCCUUGGAUUAUAAGAUUUUCUAUUAUGAAAUACCUGGCCCAAUAAACAAGACAACAGAGCGACAUCUAGCUAUCAACUAUGUUCAUGAUAGAGUUGUUUGCUGGUGGCCACUGGUCAAUGAUGAUGCUUGGCCUUGGGCCCCCAUUUCUUCUGAAAAGGACAGAGCCAAUCUACUCCUCCUGGGUUAUGCUCAAGGAAGACUAGAGGUUCUGAGUUCUGUCCGCACAGAAUGGGACCCACUGGAUGUUCACUUUGGCACCAAACAGCCUUAUCAGCUGUUCACAGUGGAGCACUCCAUCAGUGUAGACAAAGAGCCCAUGGCUGACAGCUGCAUCUAUGAAUGCAUUCGGAAUAAAAUCCAGUGUGUGUCAGUCACCAGAAUACCACUGAAAUCAAAGGCCAUCAGCUGCUGCAGGAAUGUUACUGAAGACAAACUGAUUCUGGGCUGUGAAGAUUCUUCACUAAUUCUGUAUGAAACUCAUCGCAGAGUGACUCUCUUAGCACAGACUGAACUUUUGCCUUCAUUAAUAAGCUGCCACCCAAGUGGUGCCAUUCUACUAGCUGGCAGCAACCAAGGGGAGUUGCAAAUUUUUGAUAUGGCUCUAUCCCCUAUUAACAUCCAACUAUUGGCUGAAGACCGCUUACCCAGGGAGACUCUGCAAUUCAAUAAAUUAUUUGAUGCCUCCAGCAGUCUUGUUCAAAUGCAAUGGAUAGCUCCUCAGGUUGCUUCUCAGAAGGGUGAAGGUAGUGAUAUCUAUGAUCUCCUCUUCCUCAGGUUUGAAAGAGGACCUUUGGGUGUGCUGUUGUUUAAACUAGGUGUCUUCACUCAAGGACAGCUGGGCCUGGUAGACAUCAUCUUCCAGUACAUUCACUGUGAUGAGAUCUGUGAGGCAAUAAACAUCCUGAGCAGCAUGAACUGGGACACUCUGGGCCAUCAGUGCUUUAUCAGCAUGAGCGCCAUUGUAAACCAUCUUCUUAGACAGAAGCUCACUCCAGAGAGAGAAGCACAGCUUGAGGCAAGCCUUGGAACCUUCUAUGCUCCAACAAGACCACUUCUGGAUACCACUAUAUUGAAAUAUAGAGACCAAAUCAGCAAAUAUGCAAGGAGAUUCUUCCACCACUUGCUCAGGUACCAGAGAUUUGAAAAGGCAUUUCUCCUAGCUGUUGACAUUGGUGCUCGUGACCUCUUUAUGGAUAUUCAUUACCUUGCACUAGAUAAAGGUGAAUUGGCACUAGCUGAAGUGGCAAGAAAAAGAGCUAGUGACAUUGAUGCAGAAUCAAUAACCUCUGGAGUUGGCAAAGAACCCUCAGGAUUGUACUAGAAUUCAUUCUUCUGUGGAACUCCUCUGAAACAAGUUUUAAAAAGAUUUCCACUUUGUAAGUGCUUGAAAAAUCUUAUACAAGCCUCUCCAUUGACAGAUCUUGUGCUUUGUUUUUGUAAUGCUGUUUGCAGCCAAAGGGACCAAUUGUCAGCUUCUUUCUGACACCACCACAUAGAUCUAAUCUUCAAGGUGAUACUGAAGGACUCAAAGCCAUUCCAGCAGGGUAGCUCUAAACCUGAAUACCAGGGCCAACAGGUACUAGCAAGAUAAUUCCAUUCUCCUUCCCCCAUCCUGAAAGAGUUCCAAAUUGAUUAGACCACUUUCAUAUCUCCAUUUCUAAUGGAUAAGGAAUACUCACUAUUAAUGCAGUAUUGGAUAAGAAUAACUGUAAUUGACCUAUCACUAUAUCUUGUUACUUGCUAGGGAGGGAUAUUAAUGUGUGUACUACUACUACUAAUAGCACCUAAUAUUUAUUGAAUGCUAAGUUACAGAUAACUAAUUUUCACCACAACUCUGUGAAGUACAAUUUAUAUUUGCUAUGAGAAGUCACUUCUAACUAAAUGAUGAAAGCAUACCAUGUUUAUAGAAAUGAUGAUGUUAUAUGAUGGGGAAAUAUCCUCCAUCCCCAUCCCUCUAGCCAUUUAGGAAAACACAGUAGGAAGUUAACUCAUAGCCAGUUUUCUGGGAUGUUUCCUUAGCUGUCCUGUACCCUGCCUUUUCUUCCAGGAUAUCAGAUACCAUGAAGGCCAUCUUUGCAUUUUAAAGCUAUCUAAAAAUAGUAACAGUGAAAGAGAAUGUGAAGAGAUUAUCACAAAAUUUCAGCAAAACAAAGAAACUCCCUGAUUCACCAAAAUGCAUCUCAUUUCCUGUAUAUUCUCUGAUGAGGUUACUGUGGCCAGCGGGUAAUUCCUAGCCAGAAAGCUUAGUGUACCCACUUUGAGCCCUGCGUCAUUUCUAGCAAAUAUAUUUUCAAUGAUACCCUGUGACUUCUCUUUUCUCAGUCUUGUCUCAGGCCUCAGACUUUGACCUAGAUUACUAUGUUUUGACAAAGAUACUAUUAAAUAACAUCAGUAACUUUCAAGACGUUGCCCUAUUACAUGAAUGUUCUACUCAGUUUUGCUGCAGAAAACUGGGUGAUUCUCACUCAGAAUUCCAAAUGGAAUUAGCAAAGAAUUUCUGGUUUCCUCAUCAUGGUCUCUGCCUAGUUCUUUUUUGCAGCCCACAUCAUGCUGGGGAAAGCUAAUUUUCUCUCAAAUUCCCUCAAUUUAAUUCAAUUAUUCUCUUAAACUUAUCCCAAAGCUGAAAGUUAUUAAAUUUUUGGCUUUCAAAGUGGUUCUUUGAUGCAAGCAAGGAGCCAAAUUAUGUAAGACAGCGAAAGAGUAGUUCCAUUUACAUGGGAGAGUCUGUAAAAAAGCAUCAGACAUAAAUACUGUCACCAUAGUUAAAAGCAAGAGUUGCCAAAGGAAAAGCUGGAUGAUGAUAAUCUGAACAAUUUGGUAAUUUUUUAAACUUUUUAUUUAAGUCUAACAUGCAUACAGAAAAGUGCACAAAACAUAAGCAUGUGACUCAAUGAAUUUCACAAAGGGAACACAUCCUUGUAAAGAGUAUCUCGACCAAGUAACAUAUGUUACCAGGACCCCAGAAGCCUUCCUAUACCCACUUCAAGAUGCUAUAAUCUCAGCCCAACUGUCCAGAUUUGUAACGUUAUAGACUAGUUUUGCCUUUUUUCAAACUUAAAAUAAAUGGAUUCAAACCUA